GGCCAAUUUAUUGAAAUCGAUACAACCUAGCACGUGUUGCACGUGUACUUCACCUAGCAACUCUGGUGAACAUCAUCUCACAAUAUAGGGUGUCAUUACACCCUUUCGGUGUCACGGCAUUUGGGAUAUUUGUCAAAUUUGUCCAGUGGUCGGUUUUCCAGUGGCAGGAAUGUCUACCAAAGAGGACUUGGAACCACCCCCUGCGUAUCAACCACCAGAUGCAGGACCGCCUCCGGGGCAGUACGCACCUCCAGGCCAGUACCCACCUCCAGGCCAGUACCCACCUCCAGGCCAGUACCCACCCCCUGGUCAGUACCCUCCGGCGCCGGGUCAGUAUCCGCCACCAGGGCAGUAUCCUCCUGGACAAUACCUACCUCCAGGGCAGUAUCCACCUCAAGGUCCAUACCCCGCAACUGGAUACGUGUACCCGCAACAAGGACAGCCACAAGCUCCAGCUGCCCCAAGCCAGACUUCGAAGAGCCAAAGCGCACAACAGUCCUCCGUUGUGGUGGUGAACACUGAACGAAACCAAGGACAGACAACCGUCAUUGUCAACAAACGGCGCAUGAACCAUCUUCUUCACUGUCUCAUAUCGAUCUUCUUCUUCCCCUGGAUCUUCGUAUGGAUCGUCUUGUGCAUCAUUGAGGACUAAACAAUAAGCCAUUUUCCGCAACUGUUGAUGCUAAUUGUGGUCUGUGUGAUCCGUCGGCAUUCUACACUCUGUGGACAUAGUCUGUGAUAACCAUUAGUGCUACAUAUACCUUUCUGUGACUGUGUGGACAUACUUUGUAUCUAUGACGUAUUGUUUCGCUUGGUACAAGACCCUAUAAAAUUAACAUCUCAUAUAAUUUUUACGCAUUUAUUAAACAUCUAUAAUUAAAUCUUUAAAAUAG